AUGACGGAACCCGCAAAGGCGGGUACGGGCAGUACGGAGACCACGACGCCGCUGCUCGAGGUACCACCGGCUCGCACAUCGGAACGCCAAGCCUCACCCGUGCGCUUGUCCACGGAGCUCAUCCUCAAGGUGUUAGCGAACAUCCUGCCAUCAUUCAACGUUGCACCCCUGAAAUGGCCGCAUCUCACCAAGUUAACCUUGGCUGAUCCAGAUUUUCUCACACCACGGCCAGUGGACAUCAUCAUUGGAGCUGUCUCAUAUGGGCAGAUCAUCAAGCCCAACAUCAUCAAACGAGAUACAUUGAUGCCAAUCGCGCAGCUCUCAAUUUUCGGAUGGCUCGUUCUCGGACCUGUCGACAUAUCAUCACCGGCAUCUGCUGCAGUGCAUCAUGCAUCAAUUCAGGAGAGAGAAGAUGCUCUCGACGAGUUAUUGUCGAAAUUUUGGACACAAGAAGAAGUGCCUGCAAGUACCAAUCAUGAUCUCACUCCUGACGAAAAAAGGUGGCGAUACACGGUCCGAAUUCCAUUAAAAUUAUCACCUAAUACUCUUAGCGAUUCGUAUCUCACUGCGCAUCGAUGUUUGCAAAGUUUACUAAGAAGACUCUCCCGAGAUGACAACUAUCGACGUUUGUAUCAUCAGUUUAUGACAGAAUAUCAAGAGCUCAAUCACAUGAAGAAGGCUUUACCCGCUUCCAGUCAGCAUACACAAUAUUACUUGUCACAUCAUGGAGUGCUUAAACCAGACAGUGCAACCACUAAAUUACGUGUGGUAUUUAAUGGCUCGAGUGCAUCUACAUCCGGCCGCUCACUUAAUGAUCUCAUGCACACAGGAGCCAAGCUGCAUUUAGACAUCACCGAUGGUUUGCUCUGGAUUCGACAAGUUCGGCAUUUAGUUGCCACUGACAUCACCAAAAUGUACAGGCAAAUCAACGUGCAUGAAAAUGACUGGGACAUACAACGGAUUCUCUGGAUAGACGACCAGCUCAAUGAAGUGCCACAUUAUCUCACAACGGUCACCUAUGAGACCAACGCUGCCCCGUUCUUAUCAGUACAAACACUGCUAUGGCUUCCUCAAGAAGACACAUUCACAUUCUCAACAAGGAUCUCGUCGCACACCGAUCAUCUCACCAAACGCCUCGUUUUGUCUGAAGUGGCUCAGAUAUUCGAUCCACUGGGCUUUGCAUCACCAGGGGUGAUCAAGGCGAAGAUGCUCUUGCAGGAGUUUUGGCUACAUAAAGCUCCAAUGGGAUGA